AUGGCAAUCGCAAACGUGUGGCGCUUUCGCAACGUGAAGCAGUGGAUCUCGCCCGCUUCUUCCGUUUCUUCCAUCGAUCGAUUCAAAUCCGGUUCGCUUGAACCAAUGUCUCGCCUGCGACUCCUAAGACGGAUCCUCGCCAUUGCCAUGGGCGGACUUCUCCUUGCGAGGGAACCCUUUAUGCAUAUACAAUAUAUGAGCCAGGACCCGAUACACAAGCCACCGACAUCGCUUUCAGAGGUCCUCAAAGUUCAAAAGACCGUAUACUCGCUGUCCAGCAAGGGCCUCUCCAUUCUCGGCGAGAUCCCCUCCGAGAUCAAUCCAUUGUCCUUAGGUUCCAUUUACUCGGCCUUAUUGGGCCGCUCAGUUGCUGGCGUCUAUCUACUUGUCUUUUGGGGCUUUGGACGAAAAGCGAGAGAGCCGUAUGUCCGAGCUUUGCGCUCCCUUUCUGCGUCCCUAAGCCGCUUAUGGGGCCGAGUACGAUCAAGAAAGAGGCACACUCUCGAUACAGACCUGGAGAACAUGAUUCGUCCGUACCAGAGACACGAGCUAUCCCCAACAAGUGCGACGACCACGGACUCACCCUCUCGUUCGCCAAACGACGCUGGGUCUCUGCCAGUCACACCAUCGAGCGCACUAUCUACAGAGUCAAGGAAAGCCCGGCUGAGUGCACCUCCUCGUUUCUCGUCCCUCCAAACCACUCUCCCCCCGCCCUACUCAAAACUCGACUUGUCGCGACCGAUAAGUGGGUUACACGCAUACGCAUACGCAAACCUCUCUCCUCGGACCCCCUCAUAG